AGCCACAACUCAUGGGCUCAAAGCUGAAUAGUGGGCGGGGCUGGUGGAGGGGCGGGGCAUACCUGCAGGCGCCUACAGUUGCUGCUUGGGCUAAGCUGUCUCUUGAAGAACCAUGAGCUGGACUUGUCCGCGUUGCCAGCAACCGGUUUACUUUGCUGAGAAAGUGAGCUCCUUAGGCAAGAACUGGCACCGUUUCUGCCUGAAAUGUGAGCGCUGUCACAGCAUCUUGUCCCCUGGCGGGCAUGCAGAGCACAACGGGAGGCCAUACUGCCACAAGCCUUGCUAUGGGGCUCUCUUUGGACCUAGAGGGGUCAACAUUGGUGGUGUGGGCUGCUAUCUCUACAAUCCCCCAACUCCCCUUCCUGCCAGCAGCAUUUCCCUCAGCCCCAGCAACUUUAGCCCCCCCAGGCCAAGGACUGGCCUCCCCCGAGCCAAGAAACGCCCUCCCUACUUGAAGACUUUCACUGGGGAGACGUCACUGUGCCCUGGAUGUGGGGAUCCCGUCUAUUUCGCUGAGAAGGUGAUGUCUUUGGGCAGAAAUUGGCACCGACCCUGCCUGAGGUGCCAGCGUUGCAGGAAGACUCUGACUGCUGGGAGUCAUGCGGAGCAUGAUGGCAUGCCUUACUGCCACAUUCCCUGCUAUGGAUACCUGUUUGGCCCCAAAGGUGUGAACAUUGGCGAUGUGGGCUGCUACAUCUAUGACCCAGUGGACGUAAGAUCCAAAUGAGCCAUUCACAGGAGUGAGUGGCUUCCCUCAGUCUCCUCCACAGUCCACUGAAGCUCUGGAAGUCUCUAGACCUUUGGGGAGGAAGAAGGUGAAAUCCUGGGGGCCUGGGCCUAGGCUCUGUGGUAGACCUGAGUCUAGACUGUUUCUGCCAAUUCUUUGUUUCCCCAUUCCUAUCUGGGUAACCCCCGACACACACACACACACACACACACACACACACACACACACACACACACACACACAGUGGUGGUUGUCUGGGUUCCCAGUUCCUUCUCUCAGCAGUGUUUGAGCUUCAGUGUAUUUAUAAAGGCCAUCGAGUUCUUUGGCUUCUCUA